AUGUCGCCUGCUCUGAAUCCUACCUCCACCUUAGGCAUCACCCGACGUAACCCUUCCGGCAAUCGCCCAAGCACCGCCCCUGCCACCAGGCCGCCUUCCUUGGCCAGAAUCGGCCUAAUCUCUAUCACCGCGCAGGAAAAGUCCCCGCUAGAAAAGCAGUUCGAAGCAGACUAUCACACGAAACACCUCGAGUUGACCCUCAAGUAUGGAGCUCCCUUGGUGGAUCGUUGCGGAAAUGACUUUCCGAUUUACAGCUGCUCUAAGCUGGAGGAAGGAAUCGAGUUUGACAAGAUGGAGGACAUGGCACAAAUUGACCGUGCUGUCACAGAAGGGCGUUCACCACACAAUGUUGGCCUUGUUCAACUCCUGGAGGUGGAGAGAAGGAUGAAACUGCGCUCGACCACGGUUCGAAUCACAGCAUAUGGAGUCGCCUGCGUCGCAAUCGGCUUAUAUGCCUUCGAUACACAACUCAAAGAUAUCAUCCCGGCUUUCCUCCUCGGUUCCAUCUUGGGAUGGUUGCAACUGGUCGUGACUACAAGGUCUAAAACGGUGGCGGACCUGUUUCCCUUCCUGGCGGGCCUUCUUCUGACCAGCGUUUCUCUUGCUCUGGGCUCGCUUUCACUCAAUGGAAGCCCACUCUUUUGCUGGACGGCCCUUGCAGAGGGGACCAUCGCCAUCAUCUUGCCGUCCUACACCAUGCUGGUUGCAACCUCGGAGGUGUUGCGUGGCCAGCAUAAGAAGGGAGCCGUUCGGUUCGCAGGUGCAACCCUCUACGCAAUAAUGUUGAGCUUCGGCAUGGGUUGUGGCAAACUACUAUACGGCAUGUUCGCAUGGUCUCAGCCACCCCAACCGCUUGGCUGCUUCGAUGGUUAG